AUGGAUCGUCGAAGUUGGCCUUGGAGGAAGAAGCGUUCAGAAAAAACUGCGCCUACAAAUGCCUCACCUAACGCUUCUUCAGAUGUUUCAGCUGGAAAUCAACGAGAUCAGGUUUGUUCUGUGCCAUAUAUAAUUUUUUCAUUUGUUUAUAUUGCUGCAAUAACUUCGUAUGUCCCCAGCUUUAUAAGAACUCAGUUUUCAGCCAAGCUUCUUAUGCAGUGUCACGAAUAGUCACGAAGCCUGAUUAAAGGGCUCAGAUUUCUUUCGUAAAAAAUAAGAAGUUGCUGCUCUUAUAGGCAGAUUCUUAAUGCUAGAACCAUUCGUUUUUUGGCCCGUGACAUGCAAAAGAAUCUUGAGGACACCAUCGUUUUUUCUCACUUCAGUGCUGUGUGAAAUUUUCUUUUACUCAGAGGUAUGUAUUUGUAUGUGAGGGCCAAAGGGUUGCAUAAUUUCACCCACCUUUAUUCUUAAAUUGCUCUUCUGUAAACAUACUAUAAUUAAUAUUUAUUUUUAUUCAUUUAUGCCACUUCCUAGUAUAUUGGUUUUAUGUCAAGUAGCAUUUUGGUAAUUAGCAUCUUCAUGACGGCACACGUUGUAUGCUUUUUGGUGUCUAUUAUUCUAUCUCAAGAAAAGGGAUUCCGAUGUUACGAAAUUUCAUCUGGCUGAAAAUCUGUGUACCUUCUCUGCAUUUUUCAUUUCCAUGACUUUGGUUAACGCCAGAUUGAGUAGAUAAGAACCGUGUAUAACGUUGAGUGAAUGGAACACAAGUUUUCUAUUCAUUGAAAGGGAAAAUGAAAUUGAAUUUAUUUAAUGAGGAUUGAACUUCUGAUUUUUUAAUCUCAAACAUUCUCCCAAGUUAUUUAGCACAUCGUCUGUUAUCCUCUAUUUAGAAGACACCCGGUAUGAUUUUCUGGUCGUCUACAUCAGCAAGAGGAAUUUUUCAAUAUUAUGCGGAAAUUUGCGUGGAAAAGUAGGAUCAACAUCAUUUACUUCAAACAUGUCAGAUUAUGUUUUUGUAAUUAGUCUGAUCGUCUGGGAUUGUUGACAAGCGAGUAAAUAUGUUUUUUGUAAUCAUUUUGUUCCUUCUUGGUCAUGAAGUUUGAUGCCCUACUCUGUCAAUGAAAAUAAUUUUCCUCCCAAAUGACAUCUGCACUCUAGUUCUUCUCAUGAUUUAUCUUCUUUGAAACUCUUUCGUAUUUUUUAUUUGUGAUCUUUACAUCUUUUCACCUUCCGUUUAAGGCAUCCUGAAUUCACCCAAGACAUAUCAACUCCCAUUAACCUUAGAUCAGUGGGUAAAGAAGCGCAUGUUUAUGGGUAUAUUUGUAUCAUAACUGUUUUCCUUUCCCUAAACUACCUCAUCCUGCAGCCUAAUUCCAAAGUUGUGGACUACAUCCAAAUUUCUAAGGAGCGAUAUGCCAAUCUCACGGAGUCAGAAGAUCAAGUGAAAGCUUUAAAUGAUGAAGUGAGGGAAUUGAAUGAAAAAUUAUCUGCCGCACAAACAGAAUUGCUGAGUAAAGAUAACUUAGUAAAUCAGCAUGCAAAAGUUGCUGAAGAAGCUGUCUCAGGUAAUGGCCCUCGCAGUCGGAUUCUACUGCUGCCUUUCCUCCUGGCAAUGAAUCUCGUCUGUCUAUUUUUGACUUGAAAAUCCUGCUUCCAUUUGUUGGACUCUUGGAUUUCUGAUUAGAGUGAAUUUUCUGAGGUUUUCAUUUUCUAUAAUUUCUUUAGGUUGGGAAAAAGCUGAAGCUGAAGCUUUGGCAUUGAAAAAUCAGCUCGAAUCUGUUACCCUUCUGAAGCUAACAGCUGAAGAACGAGCAUCCCAUCUUGAUGGUGCUCUCAAGGAAUGCAUGAAGCAGAUACGCACUGUGAAAGAAGAGGGCGAACAGAAGUUGCGUGAUGUUGUCCUUGCCAAAACCGUACAAUGGGAAAAGAUCAAGUUUGAGCUUGAAUCAAAAAUUGCUGAAUUUGAACAAGGUCUCCUCAACGCCUCAGCUGAAAGUGCUGCACUUUCUCGAUCUCUUCAAGAACGUUCUCAUAUGCUGAUGAAACUUAGCGAAGAAAAAGCUCAAGCCGAUGAAGAGAUUGAAGUCUUAAAGGCCAGUAUUCAGUCGCUGGAUAAGGAAAUAAGUUCACUAAAAUAUGAGGCUCAGGUUGUCUCAAAGGAGCUUGAAAUUAGAAAUGAAGAGAAGAACAUGAGUCAAAGGUCUGCGGAGGUUGCUAGCAGGCAGCAUUUGGAAGAUGUCAAGAAGAUAACGAAACUAGAAGCAGAGUGCCAGAGACUGCGUGGACUUGUGCGGAAAAAACUGCCUGGGGCUGCUGCAUUAGCUCAAAUGAAACAUGAGGUGGACGGCUUGGGCCAUGAUUAUGGAGAAACCAGACUGCGGCGCUCUCCUGGUAAGAGUGCUAGCCCGCGUCGCGGACCUUCUUCUGAUUACGGCACGCCACGCUUUGGACCUCAUGAUUUUGCCCUUGAGAAUAUCCAGCAGUGCCACAAAGAGAAUGAGCUUCUCACUGCUCGUUUACUGGCAAUGGAAGAAGAAACAAAGCUGUUGAAGGAGGCUUUGUCGAAACGCAACAGUGAACUUCAGGCUUCAAGAAGCAUCUGUGCCCGGACAGCCACCAAGCUUCGACAGCUGGAAGCACAAGCGCUGUCUCUGGAUCCACCGGUUGAAGGUUCUCUGAUUCGAAAUGGGAGUGAUCCACCGAGCUUGACGUCGAUAUCAGAGGAUGGAAUCGACGAAGACGGGAGCCAUAGCGAUUAUUGGGCUGCAGUAUUGGCACCAGACCUCUCACGCAAGAAAGACAAGGAUGCAUAUAAAUCUAGUCAGGUUCAAGACGCUGAUCCUCUGGACUUGAUGAACGAUUUCCUGGAGAUGGAGAAGCUGGCAUGGUUAUCCACAGAAUCGAAUGGAGGCCAAGUGUACACUGAUCUUCACAACGAUGUGGAACAACAUCAAGUUUUCAACGGAAAGCAAUCCUCAACUGAGUUGCAAUCUGAGAGAAAUCAGGUUUUCCUUUCAAGGAUCAAAACAAGAAUAGCUUUAGCAUUUAAGGAUCAGUCUGAUAAGCUAGACGUAGCAAAGCUUCUGGAUGAUAUAAAAACCAUUCUACACUCCAUGGAAGAAGAGCUGUCUCUUGGGUCUACUGCUGAUGAAACCAUCGGCAAUGGAAUUUCUGUGGCCUGCAAUGGGAAUUCUUUGCCCGACUCCAAGGUUUCUGAAGAUCAGGACCUGAGAACAGCCAUUUCUCAUAUCCAAGACUUUGUCGCGUCACUCUGGAGCAAGACAAAAGGAACCACCAGGACCGCGUCUCCUGAUUGCUACAUGGAAACUGAGAGAGCUGGGGAGUUCUCUGACUGCGUGAGUAAAGUGCUUUCCAAUGAGAUUGGCUUCGACAGCUUCAUCAUCGCCUUGUCCCUCAGUCUGUGUGAAACGAAGAAAUCUCUCUUCCAUAUGCUGGGAGAUGGAAAAAAUGAAGGAGAUUGUAGCAGUGCCGACUGCAUAGAUAAGGUAACUUUAUUAGAGAAUAAUGUCGAACCUGGUAAUCACUGUGAUCGCCUUCCGACUCCCGAUUCGUAUCCUGACAUGAAUUGCCACAAUGGGGAUGCCAGCCCGGCAUUUGAGCUCGAGCACACUGUCGCAAAAAUCUCUACAGAAGAGUUUGAACAGUUGAAACUGGAGAGAGAUGUUCUAAAGGUCGAGUUGUCUGGAUGUUCCCAGUCUUUGGAGCAGGCGAAGAUUCAGCUACAUGAGAUGGAGCAGCAGGCAGCUGAGCUGAAAUCACAGCUAGCUGCAUCUCACAAGUCAAAUAGCCUGGCUGAGACGCAGCUGAAGUGCAUGGCUGAAUCCUACAAGUCCCUAGAAGCACGCGCUCAGAAGCUGGAGACAGAAAUCAGUCGUCUGAGAGAAAAAAUCGAGAUGUUAGACGACGAGCUGCAGCAGGAAAGGGUUAGUCACCAGGAUGACUUGGCCAAGUGGCGGGACCUUCAAGAACAGCUAGAAAGGUCAGCGCUUCAUUGCGCACCCGUUUUUCUUAUCAACUGCCAGCAUCGAUCCAGUUUUCUUUAUGGCUCGUAACCUUGUGGUUCAUAUUUUUAGGAACCAGAAGUCAGAGCACUCGUUGACAUCAGAUGCCGACAUUGAGACCAAGAUGAAGCAGGUGGGUGGACUUCUUCUCGAUUCAGUUUCGAUUCGGAAUUUCUCCUCCUUAAAAAGAUGGUUCUCUCAGCGUCUCCCUUUGCCCGAAGCAGGAGAGAGAAAUAGCGGCGGCGACAGAGAAGCUGGCAGAAUGUCAGGAGACAAUUUCGCUUCUGGGCAGGCAGCUGAGAUCCUUGCACGCGCCCAAGGAGCCCCCGGGAUCCUCCCCGAACGGCAGACUUCAGAGGAAUGAAGAUUUCUUCGAAGACGAGGUCAACGCGAGCAACGGAAACGGAAGAAGCGGGCAACACCCUCAAUUCUCAGACCGCGUUGACCUGGAUGGAAUGGCUUCUUUCCUGCAGAGAGCGGGCGGCGAAUCUCCCGUGGGAGGCUUCAACCCCCUCUUCAGCCCUCCCCGCAGUGAAGCCGGUGGGUCCUUCCCGAUGUCACCCGUCAGCGCCAAAAAGUCAAACCACCGGUCGUCUUCAUCCUUCUCCAACAACCCAGGUCCCGAGCGACACGGGCGCGGCUUCAGCAGAUUCUUCUCCAAAGGGAAGAACGCUCACUAG